AUGAUCUCCCUCAUGGCACAUGCCAUUUUGCUUUUCUAUUGCGCCUCCCUCUUCCUUCUAUCUCUGGAACAUACACAAGCCUUCAGCUCAUCAUAUCGCAGAAAAAUAACCCGAAAUACUCGGAUCCCAAGAUGCUGGUCCAGCAAAGAUGCCGUUGAUACCAACAAUGCAGCUGUGCCCACCAAGAAGGUCAAGGGCGCCAAGCGAAUACUCGUACCCAUGGAACCCAAGACCUUGAAUCAGCUAGGAGACGGUGAUGAAACAAGCUUCAAGAAAGCCAGCCGAAAAAAGAAAGCGAGCAAGAGUGACGGCACCACGAAAAAGAAGGCAAUACGAAAGGCAAAGAAGAAGGAUGAAAUAUCGCAUUGGCUAGACCAUUCCGACCCGCUUGAAAUAAAAUACGAAAACUCCAACUCUACCCAAGGUAUUUCACUACUUAGGUUUAAGAUAAGAGGAAAUCCUCGACCGCUUCGGCGACAUCGAACAAGCUUUGGGCGUAUGUACAAUCCAUCCGAAGGAUUGCAGAAUUCAUUCCGAGAUAAUGUCCGAAAGUUAAUCUUUUCGGAUGAUGCGCUAAAGGAACCACUGUUUGAUGGUGAUGAAAGCUUGGUCAUGACGAUCAUUUUUCGGCUAAAGCGUCCAAAAAAGGACUUUGUGGGUGGGAAACCAGCAUCAGAUCGGAUGCGGCCAAAUGCACCGUCACAAACAGCUCAAACGAGAACUGAUGUUGAUAAUCUGGUCAAAUUUGUAUUUGAUUCCAUGAAUACAAUUCUCUAUGAAGACGACAGGCAGAUCAUGUCAGUGCACGUAAUCAAGGUGCUGGACAAUGAAGGCAUGUGUCAAGGAUCGACUGAAGUACUGCUACAAUCAGUUACUGAAGAAGAUGUUGGUGCUCUCAUGUCAAACUCCUUUGCUAUUGUCAAACAAAGAAGUAGUUCUUAG